AUGCCGGUCGCCGAAAGGACACCCCAGACCCUCUACGACAAGGUCUUCCAGGCCCAUAUCGUCGACGAGAAGCUCGACGGCACCAUCCUCCUCUACAUUGACCGCCACCUUGUGCACGAGGUCACAUCACCGCAAGCGUUCGAAGGACUCGAGGUCGCUGGCCGCAAGGUCAGGAGGCCAGACUGCACCCUUGCCACGACAGACCACAAUGUUCCCACAUCGUCCCGCAAAGCUCUCAAGGAUAUCUCGAGCUUCAUCAAGGAAGACGACUCCCGGACACAAUGUGUUACGCUCGAAGAGAACGUCAAGAAGUUCGGCCUCACAUACUUCGGGCUGAGCGACAAGAGGCAAGGCAUCGUGCACGUCAUCGGCCCCGAGCAGGGCUUCACCCUCCCCGGCACGACCGUCGUCUGCGGCGACAGCCACACGUCGACCCACGGCGCCUUUGGCGCCCUCGCCUUCGGCAUCGGCACCUCCGAGGUGGAACACGUCCUCGCCACACAAUGCUUGAUCACCAAGCGCAGCAAGAACAUGAGGAUACAGGUCGACGGCGAGCUGGCGCCGGGUGUGAGCUCCAAGGACGUGAUCCUGCACGCGAUCGGCAAGAUCGGGACCGCCGGCGGCACGGGCGCCGUCAUUGAGUUCUGCGGCUCCGUCAUCCGCUCCCUCAGCAUGGAGGCCCGCAUGUCCAUCUGCAACAUGUCCAUUGAGGGCGGUGCGAGGGCCGGCAUGGUGGCGCCAGACGACGUCACCUUCGAGUACCUCAAGGGCAGGCCGCUGGCGCCCAAGUACGGCUCCGAGGAGUGGGAGAAGGCCGUGGCCUACUGGAAGUCGCUGCAGUCGGACCCAGAUGCCAAGUACGACAUCGACGUCUUCAUCGACGCCAAGGACAUCGUCCCUACUGUCACCUGGGGGACCAGCCCCGAAGACGUCGUCCCCAUCACCGGCGUCGUACCCGACCCGGAAACAUUCCCCACCGAGGCCAAGAAGCUGGCCGGCCGCCGUAUGCUCGAGUACAUGGGCCUGGUCCCGGGGACCCCGAUGGAGGAGAUCGUGGUGGACAAGGUGUUCAUCGGCUCUUGCACCAACUCGAGAAUCGAGGAUCUCCGCGCCGCCGCCCGCGUGGUCAAGGGUAAGAAGAUCGCGUCCAACAUCAAGCGCGCCAUGAUCGUGCCCGGGUCCGGCCUCGUCAAGGAGCAAGCCGAGCGGGAGGGCCUCGACAAGGUCUUCCUCGACGCCGGGUUUGAGUGGCGGGAAGCAGGCUGCAGCAUGUGCCUGGGCAUGAACCCGGACAUCCUGUCCCCCAAGGAGCGGUGUGCCAGCACCAGCAACCGGAACUUCGAGGGCCGCCAAGGCGCCCAGGGCCGAACCCACCUAAUGUCGCCUGUCAUGGCCGCCGCCGCCGCCAUCGCGGGCAAGCUCGCCGACGUGAGGAAGCUCUCCGAGUAUAACGGCAGCCCGCACAUCGAGGCCGCCAUCGCCCCGGAGCCGGCCACGGAGAAGGCGCACGCGGACGAGCGCAUCGAGACCGACGACCACGAGAAGGAGGCACUCACCGACCAGCCCGAGGACUCGUCACCGCAAGUCAACACGUCCGUCAUGCGGAGCGGCGCCGCCUCGGCCGCCAGCGGGCUGCCCAAGUUCACGGUGCUCAAGGGCAUCGCCGCGCCGAUGGAGAAGCCCAACAUCGACACGGACGCCAUCAUCCCCAAGCAGUUCCUCAAGACGAUCAAGCGGACGGGGCUGGGCGCCGCGCUCUUCUACGAGAUGCGCUACACGUCGCCGGGGGUCGAGAACCCGGACUUCGUGCUCAACCGCGAGCCGUACCGCCGGGCCAAGGUCAUCGUCUGCACGGGGCCCAACUUCGGCUGCGGCUCGUCGCGCGAGCACGCCCCCUGGGCGCUCAACGACUUUGGCGUGCGCAGCGUCAUCGCGCCGUCGUUUGCGGAUAUCUUCUUCAACAACUCGUUCAAGAACGGCAUGCUGCCGAUCCCCAUCAAGAACAAGGACGACCUGGACCGCGUGCACGCCGAGGCGGUCGCCGGCCGCGAGAUCGAGAUCGACCUGCCCAACCAGCUCAUCAAGGACGCCGACGGCAACACGCUUUGUGCGUUUGAGGUCGAGGAGUUCAGGAAACACUGCCUUGUGAACGGUCUCGACGAUAUCGGCCUGACCAUGCAGCUGGAGGAUAAGAUCGCCGAGUUUGAGCGGAAGAUGUCGCGCGAGACCCCCUGGCUCGAUGGGACGGGCUAUCUCCGGCGUAAGGGGAUGGGCGGGAAACUCGCGGUCAAGCCUGCGCCGGUGCCCAAGACGAAUCGGGGGGAUGUCAAGACCGAGCCGUUGGAGUGGUGA